CGUUCUUUGUCCAUCUCAACGGCGCCAUUUUGGCCUAGCAUACGGUGACACAAGAAGGUUGGGCAGUGUUUACUGUGGUCCGGUUUAUGUUGGUGAACACGUUCGGUUUGUGAUAGAUAGUUUUAAGUCGAAGAAACUCGACGGACUAGAGGAAGAUUAAUACACCAGGAAAUGGCAACGGGAGCAAACGCAACCCCGCUGGGGAAGCUGCACCCGAGUAUCGGCGCUAAGCGGGGCUUCGACUCGGGGCCCGGUGCUGGCUUAAUGCCUCCGCCUGGGCCUCCGGCCUCUUUCCCGCUACAAAACUUUCAACAGAUGCCGGGUGCGGCUUUCCCAGGAUUUCCCGGGGCUGCUGGUUCAUUUCCAAACCCACCCAUUACUGGACCGCAGUCUCAAGGCGGAGAUAUGAGUCUGAAGAAGAGGAAAAGGAGUCGCUGGAGCAGCGAGACCCCUGAUCAGAAGACCAUUAUCCCAGGAAUGCCGACCAUCAUCCCUCCUGGGCUUAGUCGUGAACAGGAGAGAGCUUAUAUAGCUUUGAGCCCACAACGACGAUGUGAUGUGAGAACGGCUCUCUCCAGGGCCUGCCAUACAGUCAGUGUGCGGCCACCAUCUUGCCUCCCCCACCAACAAUCAACGGAGUUGAAGGUUUAUCAGUCUCUUUGCAAGUCUCCUUCUCCUGAGCCGCUAUAUAACAGCGAGGGAAAGAGGUUGAACACACGCGAGUACCGCACCCGCAAAAAAUUGGAAGAGGAGAGACAUUCGCUCAUCACUGAGAUGGUUGGGCUGAACCCUGAGUUUAAGCCCCCUGCAGACUAUAAGCCUCCAGCCACCAGAGUCAGUGAUAAAGUGAUGAUCCCACAGGACGAGUAUCCAGAAAUUAAUUUUGUUGGACUUCUCAUUGGGCCACGUGGCAACACGCUGAAGAACAUUGAGAAAGAGUGCUGUGCUAAGAUCAUGAUCCGUGGGAAGGGUUCUGUUAAAGAGGGCAAAGUGGGUCGUAAGGAUGGACAGAUGCUCCCAGGAGAGGACGAGCCUCUACAUGCUUUGGUCACUGCAAACACCAUGGAGAAUGUCAAGAAGGCUGUCGAGCAGAUCCGUAAUAUCCUGAAGCAGGGUAUUGAGACCCCAGAGGAUCAGAAUGACCUGAGGAAGAUGCAGCUGAGGGAGCUGGCCCGACUCAAUGGCACUCUGAGAGAGGACGAUAACAGGAUUCUGCGCCCUUGGCAAAAUACUGAGCCACGUAGCAUUACCAACAAUACCCUGUGCACAAAGUGUGGAGGAGCUGGGCAUAUCGCCUCUGACUGCAAGUUUACUAGUACUUAUACCCAGAGGCAAGGUGAUCCUCCCCAGUCAGCUCAGGAUAAGGCCCGUAUGGAUAAAGAGUAUCUGUCUCUAAUGGCCGAGCUGGGAGAGGCUCCAGUUCCUGCUUCCGGUGGUGCCCCCAACAACCCCCCACCCAGUGGCCCUCGAGCAACUGGACCAAGCACCAACCAACCACCUCCAAACCGUCCUCCGUGGAUGAAUUCUGGCCCUUCUGAUAACAGGAACUUCCAUGGCAUGCAUGGUGGCCCAGGUGGUCAUGGAGGUCCCCAUAGUUUCCCCCCUCCCAUGCCCAAUAUGGGUGGGCCACCCAUGCCUCCCAACCCUAAUGGAAUGCCUCCACCGUGGAUGCAGCCACCCCCUCCACCCAUGGGCCAGGGCCCGGCUCCUCAUGGACACCCGAUGGGUUUGUUGCCUCCACCUAUGGGUAUGAUGCCGCCGCCUCCACCUCCACCAAACAACCAGCCACCCCCGCCCCCAUCCGGACCUCUGCCACCUUGGCAACAGCAGGCCCCACCCCCGCCACCUACCAGCAGCAUGGCAACCAGUGCACCACUGCCAUGGCAACAGAACACCACUACCACUUCCACCCCAGCUACGGGUAACCUCCCUCCAUGGCAGCAACCCCAGCCAGCAGCAACCUCUGCUGCCCAACCCCCUCCACCGAUGGGAAACCCCUCCAUGGUGCCCCCUCCUCCAGGAGUUCAACCCCCACUGCCCCCUGGUGCCCCCCCUCCUCCCCCUCCCCCACCUCCAGGCUCAGCUGGAAUGAUGUAUGCACCCCCUCCACCUCCUCCACCCAUGGACCCCAACUUUGUUACCAUGAUGGGAAUCCCAGGAAUGCCUCCAUUUGGGAUGCCACCUGCCCCACCUCCCCCACCACCCCAAAAUUAAACACACCCACACCCAGUCAACCACAUGGUCAAAGCUGGAGGACAUGACUUUGUUCUACCUGAUGUAUGUUAAUGCAGGAGGAAAAAGGCAGGCAUGGUUGAAAUAUGUAAAUUUGCUUAACUUAAUUUGUUUCUGAUUUUAAAAUUGUAGUAUCUGGUCAGUUGAUAGAUGGUGUUCCUUUUUGGUUUUAUUUUGUUCUUUUUUUUGAUGUGCAGGGAAUAGUAUAUUUGCAGGGCCUUAAUUUCAUUGGUUGGCCCAAAUUUCAGUGCGAAAUGACAUUCCAGGUCAGUUAUUCUGUUGCAUCCAAUUUUUUUUUUUUUUUUUAAUUUGUUAGAAAAUUAAUGGUUUCCUCUUGAAUUGAAAAGUAUUGCAUCCAAAAGCUUUUGUUAAUUCGUAUCCUUAAAAAAAAGAUUUUGUUAAUGUCGUCUGAAUAUUUUUGUAACUUCAGCUAAAUAAAAGUUGAAACGGC